AUUCUAGAUUUAAUAUUUAUGUAUGCUCCGUUGUGUUGUAAACAAGGAAAUUUUGAGUCAACUGCUCUGCCUCUGAAAGAAAUCAGAAAUGUCUUCGUUAAGCGAACGUGAUAUAAAUGCAAUGAAAGAUGCUAUAGAUUUGUAUGAUACUAUGGGUGAUGGAAAAGUUGAUUCUAGUGCUUUAGCUGAUAUCCUACGAGCGAUCGGUGAGAAUCCUACAGAAAGCGAAGUUCAGAAAUUUCUUGUUCAACUUGAUCCUUCUGGAAACAAGCGUAUAACCCACGAAGAUCUUAUACCAAUUGCACUUUCUUGCAAGCAAAAAUCGAGGAAAGUUAAACCUCAAGAAUUCGUUGAAUGCCUCCGUGUUUUCGAUAAGGAUUGCUCUGGGAAUAUCAGUUGUGCUGAACGUCGACAAGUUUUGACUACAUUAGGAGAUAAAUUGACCAUUGAAGACGCCGACAUGUUGACAAGUGGCUUGGAACAGAAAGGACAAGUGAAUUACGAAGAAUUUGUGCGAAGUGUCAUGUCUGGUUGAAACCGAAAUCGAAACUUCGAAAACAAACGACUAAGCAUUGAUAUUUAAAAACAUUUUAAUUAUCUGUCAUCGGUUUUUAUUGACUUAAGUUUAAAACUUUUAUAUUUUCGAACGUGACGUUAGACAGUUUGCUGGUAAUUUAUUUGUAACCUUUGCAUUCAAACUAUGUGUAUUAAGGUAAACUAACGUAUUUAUUCAUGUUAUAUACAUUUUUUGUUUAGGCCCCGAUGAAAAAAUAAACCACGACGUUAUCAGCAGUGGCGAGAAUGAAGCGAGGAAAAAGUUCUGCAAAAUAAAAACAGCUAUUCGUAGAACUGGAUUUGCCUUCCAAGUGUUUCUCAUGUUGCAUUUUCUGCUCUUAAAAAACAUUUCUAGUUAAAACCAUCAUGAAGACACUUGAAUCAUUGUUGCUUUACUUGCUUCCUAUUGGUUUGAUGGUUCGCCUUCAAAACCGCUUAAACCAAGCCUAUCAAGUUAUCGAGGACUGUGAUUUAGAAGAGCAAGAAAAGAAAGGAUACAUCUUCUUCCAUAUGUACGCCAUAAGACGCAUGUGUAAAUACGUCAAAACAGCACAAGGUUUGAAAAUCUUUGGUUACAGCCUUCCAACCUUCCAGGCUUUUAUUCUGGCGGCCUUUGGUCCGUUUUUCGGUGUUGUUCUACAUGGAAUAUUUAUUCACAUCCAUGCAAAACAGAAAUGAAUGACCUCUGAAGAUAUUCUUUAUGAACAACAAAAUCUUUUUCAGAAAUGGGUAAAGGGGGGUGGAGUGGACUUCCAGUGUCUUGCAAGGGUUAUGAUUUCUUAUAUCAAAAUCAGAUUAUAUAAUUUCUUCUCCAAUAGUUAAUCCUUCCAAUGUCCUCAGACUAAAGCAAAAGUUCAUAACGUCCAAAAUGGUACAAUUAAAUUCUCGCAUUGAACUCUUAAAAAAAGGAACGUUUAAAGUACGUUGUACUAGUUUUUUGUUUGAAUUAUUAUGUAGUGUUUUUAUAUGCUUUAGUUAAGGAUAUUGCAAGAGCGAUAAACCCUAGAAAUAUGUAUGUACCUACCACAUAUGAUGCAAUUUUUGAUUAUUAACGUAAUUUAAAAGGAUAGUUAAGGGUAAUUAAGAAGUUUCAGGUGUUUUUGAGAUGAUUUUUGAAAAUAACUGUUAGUGGUUUUACACAAGAGUAUGGAGUAAACAGAACUUAAUGGUAGCAGCAAAUGAUUCAUUUUAGCAAUCCUAAUAGGAUGGGAUAAAGGGAAAGACAAAGAAACAGAUUAGUUGGUUUUCAAAUAAUUAUCUUUAGCGAAAAUUCAUCGUGUUCUUCUGCAGGAAUUAUUAAAAAAAAUGGUUUUAUUUUA